UUAGGGCUCGUCGCAGCUCAGUCUCCUCUCCCCAUUUUUGAUCGCAUCGCAGCUAGGUGAUGCCGAUCGACUAGGCGCAUCGAGGGAUUCCUUUCAUGUCGAUCUUGCUGGAGUCGCGGAGCCAGAGCCGGGAGAGUGAAUCGCGCGAGGGAGGAGGAGGAGGGAUCGUCCAGCAGCCAGGCUCGUUCUACAAUGGCAAUCCAUCGUCUUCGAUCUGGGGGAGGAGCGGUAGCUCGUUCUGGAAGAAUGCUGGCUUGUUACACAAGGUAGCGGCGGCGUCUCCCUUCGAUUUUGGGUUUCCGUCUCAAGUCAGUGUUCCACCGCCUCCGGUGGAGACCCUCGACUCGGAGACGUCGAAGGAUCGUCCCGAGGUAUUUGUUUUCGGAUCGAUUGCUAACGCCGGGAGCACUGGCAGCAGUCCUGGAAGUGGUGAUCGCAAUGACGAUUGCGUCUCUGCUGGCUCCGGAAUCGCGAAUCACGGUGAGAAACCCAGAGAGAGUCUGGAGUCUAUGCUUCACGAACUACACAUUGAUUCAGCAUCUCCUCCAACUUUUCCAGUGGAUCAGCAGCAAUUCUCUCCAGUUCCUCCAAGUUUUCCUUCUCCGAGCUUUCCAUCCAUGGAUCAACAGCAGUUCUCUCCAGCUCGAGAAGAUAAGGAACCUUCCAAGCCGACAACAUUCACUGUUGGUAUACCGACUUCUCAUCACCAAACUGGAAAUCCUCGCCCUCGGUUCUCAAAGCUGCGCAAGAGCACUCAUCCAGCCAAAGGUAAAGGUGUUGCUCGCGGCGAGGGGAUCGAAAGACCAUAUCAAGCUUUUACUUUCGAUUCUCGUGCUGCUAGUCCCGACGCUGCUAACUUUCAAACGGGGGAACCAUCAAUCACAGUUGAGGAGUCUGCAGUGGUGGAUUCCAAGCUAGAAAACGAGUUGGACAAGGAUGGAAGCUCGGCACAGGGUCAUGGUAGCCAGAGAGUUGAAGCGCGGGAAGAGGAUGCUGGUCAAGAGAUCCCGUCGUCCAGCACUUUCGUUUUCACGUCCAUGCGAAACGCAGUUCCAGUGGUUCCUGAGCGUGGAGACUCGGCAAAGGACGCCCAUUCUUUAGUAGCGGACCUCACUGCCUUGAAAAUGGGAGAAAAGGGGUCUGGCGACUCGGUUCCAAGCUCAAACCCUCCACCUUCGUUCGUCUUCGGCGCUAGUUCGGCACAGGCUCAGUCCCAUCCAAAAGUUGACGAAAGCAAACCUCUGACUUCGGACGCGACUUUUGUCUUUGGAUCUUCCGGAGGAGUAACCCCCAGCAUCAGGAGAAAGAAGGGAGUUCGAAAGCUUUCUAGCCGUUCCAGGGGAGUUCGUUCCUCAAGCACAUCCGCUACAGAUGAGCAAGGCUCGCCUAUGGAUUUUUCGCCAUGUCCUGACACUGGAUCUCGCCUGUCACCACAAAUGACAGGGAACAACAGUGAAGCUGAGGAACAUGAUCAAGCAUGGAAUUCUCAGUUCCAGUUUUACUCGUCGGAGGAGGUGGAUAGCUUGAGCAAUGCGGCUGCUGAUCUCACUCUUGGAAACCAGUCGGAUGAGUCGAAAGAAACCAAUGUCCCCAAGACUUUUGCUUUCACAGCAAGCUCGCCUACGGCUCCAGCUAGAAGACGACCUCGCCGAACACCCAAGCCUGCUGGUUUCAGAAGCAAAGGUGGUGUGACUCGAUCAACGUCAAGGCCUGAAGUUCAUGGCAUGGAUCUUGACACCGCUAAGAUUGAAAGUGAUGGCUGGAAACAGGCGGCUGGACAGAACGCGGAUUCCACAAUGCCGUCUGCUGCUACUCCUGCCAACCGUGCUGCAGUUGAACAAGCUUGCGAGAAAUGGAGACUAAGGGGAAAUGAAGCUUACGCGAGCGGGGACUUUCCAAAAGCUGAGGAAUAUUACUCGCUUGGCAUCAAUAGCGUUCUUCCGAGCGAGACGUCGCAGAGUUGCAUUCGCUCCUCAAUGCUGUGCUACAGCAACCGAGCUGCAACGCGAAUGGUCGUCGGUAGGAUGAGGGAGGCGUUAGGAGAUUGCUUGCGAGCAAUCGCCGUGGAUCCCAAUUUUCUUCGCGUUAGGAUACGUGCCGGCAGUUGCCAUCUUUCUCUGGGAGAACCGGAGGCCGCGCUUGCGUUUUUCCAAGAUUGUCUAAACCGUGCAAGAGAUUCUGAUGGUGGUGACUCGAAAAUUGCGCUGGAGGCGUUGGAGGGUCUUAGGAAAACUCAACAAACGGACGAGUACUUUCAACGGGCAUGGGAAUUGUUGGCAGCCAACGACCAUACGGCCACAUUGAGAAUUUUGAACGAGGCGCUUCUCAUCUGUCCAUACUCCGAGAUUUUUCUUGAAUUGAAAGCUCGUUCACAUCUGGGUCUUCGGAUGUACAGCAACGUCAUCCAAUUGUGCGAGCAAACUCUAGUGUCAGCGGAGCGCAACUGGACUCAAUCCCAACAGUCUCAAAUUGUUCGUGGAUUCCGGCCUGGGUCGUCGCCUAAAAUCUGGCGUUCUUGGGCAACUUCCAAGGCUUUGUUUUACGUAGGACGGCUGAAAGAAUCGCUUGAGUGCUUACAGAAACUCGGAGAUUUUUUAGCGCUUUCUGGAGAUGAAAGAAUAAGUCACAUACAAGAGGCGGAUUUAGAGACGCUGUCACAGUUUAUUGGCCUUGUCCAGCAGCUCUUACAGUAUAAGACGGCUGGGAACGAAGCAUUCCAAGCAGGAAGACACACUGAGGCUGUUGAACACUAUACAGCUGCUUUGGCCUGUAACAGCGAGGCUCGACCUUUCAAUGCGGUUCUAUUUUGUAAUCGCGCUGCUGCUUCUCAAGCGUUGGGUCACAUUGCUGAUGCAAUUGCGGACUCUAGCCGUGCAGUAGCCUUGGAUCCAAAAUACGUGAAGGCUAUAUCAAGGCGAGUAACGCUGCAUACUUUGAUUCGGGACUAUGGCCAGGCGUGUAGCGACUUGCGGAGGCUGAUUUCUCUUUUAGAAACGGAGAGUUCUCACCAAGAAUUUAAGCAAGCGCGCGAGCGACUCGCAAGUGCCGAGGAAGAUUUGAAGAAGAGUCACCCAGUCGAUCACUAUUUGAUUCUGGGAUUAGAAUCUUCUUGCACGGCGGCUGAGGUAAAGAAGGCGUAUAGAAAGCUGGCCUUGCGGCAUCAUCCUGAUAAGGCAGGACAAUUUGUUGUGCGCACUGAUGGAGGCGAGGAUGGAAAGGACGUGGGCGAAGAAAUUCGAAAUGACGCUGAGCGCUUGUUCAAGCUGAUUGGAGAGGCCUAUGCCAUCCUUUCAGAUCCCGCCAAGAGAGCACGCUACGAUGCCGAUGAAGAUUUGAGAAAGCUGAGAAAUCGCGGAGCGACCAACAAUCCAAGCUCUGAGAAUCAUCGCUACGAUCGAACGCAUAGACGGCAGAGAGAUCGAUGGGAUGCGUGGUGUGGCUACGCGCAUCAGUACCAGCGGUGGCAAAAUGGCCCCGACGCCGCGCAGCCCGACACUUACGCGCGUCAAAGCCGAUACACCAAUGGGGGGAGAUCAGCUGAAUUCAGUUGGGACGAUCUCUAGGAUUAGGGCUACUCUCUUUGAAUUUGGGUCGUCGGAUCAAACUCAUGUGGGCCGUUGGCAUUGGAUUGAAUUGGUUGAAUUGCAGCCGUC